AUGGAGAAGGCGCCCCAUAAAAGCACAAAUGAAAGACAAGUCAGCUUCAAGGAGGUCAAGACAUCUGUACACAACUUGAGCAAAACAAAGCAGACCAGACUCACCGUGGGCAGCCUGGGAUUAGGCCUGAUCAUUAUCCAGCAUGGGCCAUACCUCCAGAUUACCCACCUCAUCAAGAAGGGGGCUGCAGCUAAGGAUGGAAAACUCAAGCCAGGUGAUGUUCUGAUUAGUGUUGGUCAUGCCAAUGUGUUAGGAUAUACUCUUCGAGAAUUUUUAAAGCUUUUGCAACAUAUCACCAUAGGCACUGUGCUACAAAUCAAGGUCUACCGAGAUUUUAUUGACAUACCCAAAGAAUGGCAAGAAAUAUAUGAUUUAAUUCCCGAGACCAAAUUCCCAGUAACACGCACACCAAAGAAAACUGAGCAGGCAAAAGAUGAAUCUUUCACAAGCAGUGAUGACAAUGAAGACAUAGUGUUAGAGAAAAGACUUCAAUAUUAUAGAUAUCCACAGUCAACUGAGCAUCACCCUGCAAGGAGACCAAUGUCUAUCUCCAGAGAAUGGCAUGGAUACAAAAAGAAGAACCAUACUAUCAGUGUAGGAAAAGACAUUGACUGCGACGUGAUGAUUCACAGGGAUCACAAGAAAGAAGUGCGAACCCCUUCUCCAUACUGGACGAUGGUGAAGCAGGACAAUGAAAGCUCCUCCUCUUCGGCUUCCUCUGCCUCAGAUGCAUUUUGGCUGGAAGACUGUGCCCAAAUUGAAAAGGUCAAAGGUCAACCAGUAAACAAGGUUGGUUAG